GGAGGAGCUGGAACGGCCAGUCUGCGCACAGACAUCGAUCGAAACUCACCUCACGCUCGUCGUUCUCCAACCAAUUCACCCGUGUUUUCCCUCGAUUCACCACACACCCGCAGUGCGACCCUCUCACCUUUUCCCCCUUUUUCCCUUUUCAGUUUUUCCAUUCACCCUCAUUCCUUCAUUAGUGCAUUGUGUUGUCAAAUUUGUACUCUCAAGUGUCAAUGAUAACAAUUACCAGUUACAACUUGUUCAACAUGAGUGAGUUACUGUAAUCAUUUGGAGAUUGAUUCCAGAGCUGAUAAAUCAUGUUCAAACGACUGGCAAAAGCGAGGCGACACAGCUCAGACGAAGUUGGUGCCUCGCUUCCGCCAACUCCAAUGGACGAGCCACCGGGAAAUGCAGAGGCAUCGAAUAAAUUCCUCGAUGUACCAAUCCAUCAGGCAUUUAAUCCAGCAAUCCUCCGUGGCUCGAGAUUCAAGUAUGCGAGAAGAAGUUGUGGCGAUGCUACGGCAAUUCAGUCAAUGAUGCUCAACGACGAGACUGGAAUUGGUACACGCGUCGAGGUUGACAAUGAUUAUCAGACUGUCACUGCUGUCCCGGCCUUUAUCGUCGAGCAUGAGCCUGAGAAAACCCGAGGUUUGAGUGUGUGGGGACGGAGGAUGAGCAAAAAAAUCGAAUCUUUCCGGCGUGCCGGCUCCAGAGAAUCCGUCUGCGCAUUCGAACGUGAAGACACCGUUAACAACAACAAUCACGAGAAUAAUAAUAAUAAUAAUAAUAAUAGUGAUAAAAGUCCGGAUAAUCGUAAAAAUGACGGUAAAUUGUUGUCGAGACGAUCGCCAUCGCCGUUCAAAUCAUUCUUCAUCCGAAUGGGUUCAACCGGAAUGUUGAACUCGACUAAAGCCAUGAGGCGAUCCUCCAAUUGUGAUGAUAGACUCAAAACAGCUGAUAAGAAGACAUUAUUAAGGAGCUGCAGUACAUCCCAAUUGAAUACAAGUCCAACCUAUGUUAAAGGUGAUGAUCCCUCGGAGGGGAUUGAUCUCCAGAUUGCUCACAGAAAAGACAAAACAAUGUCCUGCGAUAAUCUAGCAGAUAAUCACGAUGAUGAUGUAUUCGAGGAGGUAUCGAUGACCUCAUCAUCGAGAAGAUCAUCUUCAUCGGGUUUUGGUGCUUGUGAUUUCAGUGAUGCUCGGAACGAUUCCUUGAGAAAGUCCAGCAGCUGUGACUUCAAGGAAACAAAGAGAUGUAAUUUUCCGUAUGCAUUCUUACGUUCAAAAUUAUCAGUUUUACCGGAGGAGAGAAAUGGUGCCGUCCAGACGAAGGAGGAUCGUCUCUUCAAAGCGACUUCUGAGGAGCAUUUUCCGGUUUUAAAAAUUGAUGAGUCCUUCGACGGUACAACGACCCUGGGUAGACGACGGAGUAAACAUACGAGCGGAGAUAAUCCCCAGACACCGAGAUUCAGCAGGAAUUCGUACGCUGAGUACAGGGGUAGGGCCUCGAGUAACCUCGGAAAAUGUGAGCCAGACAGGUACAGUCUCAAUCCGAGUAACCUAGAGCGAAUGGAGGACACGUUUAAACGAGAGGAUAGAUGCUACAGUCCAUUCAUACGUCCAUCAAGAGGUGUCCAUCCAACCCUAACCGAAUCAAGUACCGAGUCCUCUGAUUACACUUGCAUCGAUAAUUAUCGAUUAUCCGAGGCGUUCUCCCUAGGGGCAGAGUUGGAUGUCAUAGCGACAUUGAGAAAUCAUCGGCGCAACUCAGCGCCAUGUCCUGAGCAAAGGCUCUCGUCUCAUUAUGUGAGUUCUAAUGAGUCGGGGUAUGAUUCGGAUGGAGCGGGCAGGGGGGAGUCAACGACAACAUUCGAGAACGAGAUUAGCUCCAAGUGUGCUGAUAGCUCUGACACGAGUAGUGUUAUCGAUUCAGAGCUUGAGAAGCCGAUGAGGAGCUCGACACCCAGUGAGUGCCGCGAGGUGACGAGUAAUCUCAGUGUUAAGACGAUUAAGCCCAGAUGUAUGUCUGACAUGAAUGAGGGAAUUGAUGGCCUCAGGUGGCAUCAGAGCACAUCUGGAAGACUACUCCCCAGUAUUCACCAAGGCUCGUACGAUGACACACCGUCAAAUCGAUUAUCAUUGUGCUCCGAUCGCCUCGAGGGCAUCAAGGUAGAGUCACAGGUGGAUCGUACACCGCCUCAUCGUGUCAGGCUGCAGCAGGAUAAAAGAAGAUUUCUCAGUGACAUUAUUCACCCUCCGAGGAGGGUUAGAAGGUGUCGGGUGGUGCAGUUGGCUAGGAUGGAUGGUAGAGACAGUCUGGGGAUCAGAUUGGCGCAGCACAAUGCGGGGGAUAUUAAAUAUAUUGUCGUGCAGCUCGAGAAUGACGGAAUUGCACAUAGAGAUGGUAGACUGCGCCUCGGCGAUGAAAUCGUCGAAGUAGAAGGAAAAGAACUGCGCACACUCAAAACCCUCGAGGAAGUGCAGGAAUUCCUUAAGUCGUUUACGAGUAAUAAGGUGCGACUGACUACGGCCUACGAGGAAACCGUACCCGAGGGAUACACAGAGACACCAGUUAUCUCGAAGGGGUUCGAGCAUCUCGAGAAUGCCAGGAAUCUAUCAAAUGCAUCGCAGAUGGAUAAUCAGAGGCAGUGCGAUGCAUCGGAUGAUAGAAUAGAGGAGGAUAAACAGCUCGAUGGAGUGGAGAGAAAACGGCCGAAUUAUCUUCCAUUAACGUGUAUUGCCAAGAGUCGAAAAGAUCCUGUUGAACCAACGCCGGAUGCUGAUCAGUACUUGAUGAGACACGUUGCGAGGUUCGAGAAAGGCAUUGGAAAGCCAAGUCUCGGGUUCAGCGUUGUUGGAGGCAGGGACAGCCCGAGGGGUGAGAUGGGAAUCUUUGUGAGGCGAGUGUUUCCUGGGGGACAGGCUGACUCUUCCAAGGCCCUUCUUCAAGGAGAUGAAAUUCUCUGUCUCAAUGGUAAACAAUUGCGGGGGUGUACGCAUCAGGAAGUUAUUGAGCUGUUCAAGGCUGUCAGGGAGGGAGUUGUGGAGCUGGAAAUCGCUAGGAGGCAUAGGUAUCCAAAGACUACAUUGAAGUCAGCGCCUUAGUAGCAAAGCCUCGACAAUACGAGAAGAAACACCCACCGAAAAUGCUGACAACUUUUAGACUCUAGUCUCAUUAAAAAUGGAUCUUCAUACUUGUUGCAUUUAAUUUAUUUCGUCCAUAAGUUUUGUUUCAUAUUGUUCUCAUUUUAUGGUUCUUUUUUUAACUUAUUCUGUAAGAUUUUAUAAAAAAAAAAACAUUUUAAGCGAGAUCACUAUAUCGCAGCUUUCAAUAAUAGUUCCAGACAAAUCAUAAAUAAAUAAUUGUAAUUUUGUA